UGUUAUUAUAAGUGAAGUUUCACUUUGAAGUAAAACGCACGGUGACAAACGUGCCUUUGCAAUUCACUUGAGUCGCUUGUUAGCUUGAUUAGCCAGCCGCGGUGACCUAGCUAGCUAGCUAGGCUAACCUUUUCUCUUAAAGGACAUUAAUGGACCUGAAAGCUUUUGAGAGAAGAUUGACAGAAUACGUCUCCUGUUUGCAACCUGCAACCGGGAGGUGGCGAAUGAUUCUAAUAGUGGUCUCAGUUUGUACGGCGACUGGAGCCUGGAACUGGUUGAUAGACCCUGACACUCAGAAGGUGUCUUUCUUCUCAUCGUUGUGGAACCAUCCGUUCUUCACCAUCAGCUGCAUUACUUUGAUCGCUCUGUUCUUUGCUGGAAUACACAAACGAGUCGUUGCACCAUCAAUUAUUGCAGCUCGCUGUCGGACAGUUUUAGCUGAAUACAACAUGUCCUGUGAUGAUACGGGGAAACUAAUUCUCAAACCACGGCCACACAUCCAAUAACCACAAACUCUUGGGGUGGGAAAUAAAAUGUUCUUAAUGACUAUGUUGAUUGCCACUAAACGACAGACUGACACAAGGACCAGAAUCCUGUUUGGAGCAUCUGAAACAACGUGAGAAGGAAGGAGAUUGGGGAAAUACUGAGGGGUGUUUAUGUUGAUGUGCUCCAUUAUGUAUUAAUGAAGGAUUGUGAGGGGAGAGGACAUCAACUGCCAUUUUAACAGCAUCUCAGUCAGUGUUACGGUCGCCCUUAAAGCUGCUUCUGGGCUCACACACCCUUUGACAUAACUCAUUCGCCAUGAGUUCAGAUGUUCAUUUCUAAUGAUGACAUGCAUUUUGUUUUAGAGAUCUUUCUAUUUUUAAACUAAUGGUUAUAUAGCUAAUAAAUACUUGUGUGAAGAUGUUUCCUGUGAUUUACUGUAGUAUAUGGUUGCAACCUGUAGACAGCUGUGCUUUUGCUCCAGGUUGUGAAUGUCUAUACAACUUGUUUGAAAGUAAAUCUCAAUGUGUAA